AUAAAGAUUCAGAUGCAACUUAUUUGCCUUUUAUUGUCACAGUGCUUGCAUGACACAAUGCUAAUCAAACACUUGAGUAAUUAUAGCAACCAAUCUCUAUUGGUUAGUCUACUGAUGCAGACACAACAAAAGGAAUAACCCAGAAGUGCAGUGCUUUGAGAACCAUAAGUCCAAAGUCACCUGUUUUAUCCAAAAAGGAAAUCACAAAUCAUGCUUCGUUUACUCAUAUAUACGCAUAUUUUAAAAUGUUACUUUCAACAUGACCUUGGUACCGAAUUCAGAUAUUUAGUGAGUACUCUCAUGGAAUAAUAAUUACAUGCUUGAAAAGCAUUAGUUGUUAAUUAGUUACUUAACUCAUGGAACAGUGUUUUCUUGCUCUGCGCUAUAUAGGAUCUCUCUGAAGUAGCCUUUAAAAAUAAAUUCUAUUAUAAGGCACAGAGUUAAUAUUGGUCUACUAGCAUCAAAACCAGUACAAUUAAUAAAAAGAUGUAACAGGAAGAACAGAACUGAUCUGAAGCAAAUAAAUUACUUCAAUGAUAAUGAAUGAUAACUGCACUACACUUUCAUACACAAGUUUUUUUGUGCAUGCAUAUAUUAAAAAUAAAAUGACAUAAAAUCAGAACAUGUUACACUUAUUAAGCCAAGUGUUUUCUUUUAAAUACAUUUUCAGGAAGUGGCCAUCACUGAAAAGGCCAGCUAGCGUUUAUUGUCUGAAUUUCCCCAAUAAGACAGAGGUGAAACAUCUUCCCGAACUGCAAUGGCCUGUAUGGUGAAGAUGUUUCCAUAAUAUUUUUGAGCAAGGUUAGUUCUUAUUUUAACAGGCAGAGUAGUCACUGGCAAACCAGAGAUAUUCCAAAUUUUUUUUUGGCUUUAAUUCAGUUAAAGCAAGAUGCAAUGUGUUCCACUCACCUGCUCGACAUCCCUCCCUUAAUCAUUUACCCAGCACAAAAAUUCUACUGAAUUAAAUCUUCGCUGAAUAUCUCUUUGUGCUCUUCAAUGUUUCUGCACUUUUAAAAGAGUUAUUUGCCUACAUCUCAUAACCUAAACUUACAAAACUGCAGUCAAAUCUACAUGGUUGCAUUACCAAGUCACAAUUCUUCAUAUUAUGCUUUUGCAGAUUCUUCACUUUCUCACAGUCACGUUACUCAUAACCUGUGACCUUCAAGUUUUUUUCUGGAGUCUUAGUCACGAAUAUCAACAUUUACAAUCUGAUCACUGAUGAAAACUGGAUGACAUAAACCACCCACAAGCAACCAAUUUGCCUAUAAAUGUGAGGCUGAUGAAUUACCACAACAAUUUACGCUAUGGGAAUUAAUGUUUUCUACAACAACUCUGAAGCAUGUAACACUGUUUUGUUUCUUAUUCUGUUACAAAUAAUCUGUUAAUACUGUUACCUUCAGCUACACAGUUGCAAACAGUCAAUUGUGCAAUUACAUGUUUUCUGUUCAAUGAGAGAUCAGGAUUUCAAGAAUGGAAACAAGGAAUUAUAAAACAGUAUCCCUUCUCUGCCUAUACAGUGUUUAAUGGUGUAUAAUUAUAAUACCACCAUGGAUCCAAAUUAAUUAAUUGUUUCAGUUCAAAAUAAAGUUGAAUGCUAAGAUUGGAAAUGCACCACUAUUGUGUGGGCGAGGCAGAUUUGGUCUCGAACUUCAAGAUGGAAUUAGACAGUUAUCCAGAGAAAAAUUGCAGGGCUACAGAAAAGGCAACGGAUGGUAAUGGAACUAGCAGAAUUGUUUUUGUAAGAAAGAAGGCAUGGACAUAAUGGGCCAAAAUACUUCUCCUGCACUGUAAUAAAAAAAUUAAAGCUGCCAUAAUAUCAGAGGACCAUAGGACUACUCUCUCAUUAGAUAGAAACACCGGUGGUGUUUUAACCCGAGGGUCACCACAGAUGAGGAGAGAGUUGAGUAGAGAGGUUGAGUAGGGGAGUCCUUCACAAUAACCUCAGCUGGUGCAGGAAUUGAACCCACACUAUUAGCAUCACAAAACAGCCGUGCAGCUAACUAACACCCUUUCGUACCAUAAAAUCUUUGUGACUCUAUGUGACCAAUAGCAUCUUGAUAAUCACUUUUAGAUAAAUUCGAUACAUAAGUUUAGCGUCUGUAAGUGGAAAAUCAACAACUCAAUUGAUUUUCUUCCUUUAACUUGCGUGUAGCAAUAUUAUUGUCCUACAUAUUAUGCAGAGAACUCCCAAAGAGCAGGGGCCAAAUACAUGAGAAUCCGAAGUCGGUGGUAAAGUGAUCAGAAAGCAAAAAGAAGCGGUUCCCUCAGCUCAACCGACUUUUAUGUGUACAUAAAGUCAAUAAAAAAUAGAAACACAGUAUUUAAAGACAAAAGGGCAUAAAUACACAUAUAACUAAGAAAAUUAACCGUGGUUUACAUGGAUAUAAAAGCUGUUACAAUGAAGUAAGAAACUAACUAUAAUCGACGCUUACAAAGUAGUCUCACUUUAUUCUGUCGUAAGCGUCCAAAUAUGCAACACCAGUAGCAAACUCUUCUAAUCUCCCUAUAUUUUUAGGGAGAUGGCAGGAACCUCAUUUCCAAGGGGACAAUAUGAGAUUUUUAAAUUAUAGCGGGGAAUAUUUAUCACAUCAAAAAUCCACAUACUCCUCAGUGAAAUUAGUAGCUUAUAAACAUACGUUACUACAGCAAACCACCAUUUUGAGGCCACACGCAAGCUGUGAAUGUUGCAUGCCGGUAUUUGUAGUUCCUCUCGUUGCUCCCUUUCUGUCUGUCCGGAAGGAUACAGAACACGCGAAGACUACAAUACCACUGGAUGCUCGCGCACCUCCGCUAUCGCUCUGCGCUCCUUUAACCUCGCCUCCGUGACUUACAGACUACACCUCCCAACAUUCUAUGCGCGACCAGGCGCCUGCGCUCUUCUUUUUAACGGCGUCUCCGGCGGUCGGAGCAUCAGGUGCAGUUGGCGUGGCGCACUCCGGGAGUCGUAGUCUUUUACCCGGCGGUGUCUCCUAUACACUGAACGUGGCAGGCGGGGGGCUGCGGACUCCAGUUCCCGGCCUGCCUUGCGGCGGCCUGGCUGCCAUGGCGGCGGGCUGUUUUGCGGAAUUGCAGGACCCCCCCUCUGGCGGGACCUCUUUUAGAAAGAUCCCAAUAAUCGGAGGGAGAGAGUUGGAUUUGAGUGCUUUAUACAGCAGAGUCACCUCACUCGGGGGAUUCGCCAAGGUAACGGAUAAGGGUCUCUGGGCAGAUCUUUUGGAGGAGUUCAACUUUCCAAGAGGUUGCGCCAAUGCAGCUUUUGCUUUGAAGCAGUACUACCUGAGGUACCUGGAGAGUUACGAGAAGUUGCAUCAUUUUGGUGAGGAUGAUGAAGUACUUACCCCAACCAAUUCUCGACCACAGGGUGUAGCCUCUGGGGUUCAUUUAUUUUAUAAUCGGCAUCAGCACAUCAUCCCAGAAAGUGUACGUCGCGGUUAUGGGCUUUUUACAGAAUUUACCACGAUCAGCGAUUAUAAUAAAGUGGUGCUGUCUUUACUUUCGGGACUUCCAAAUGAAGUGGACUUUGCAAUCAACGUAUGUACGUUAAUGUCACAUGGGAACAAACAAGUACUGCAAAUGGAAAAAGACCCAAAAGUGGUUACACUGCUGCUUGCACAUGCUGGGAUUUUUGAUGAUAGUCCAGGGACCUACUUGAAUGUAUAUGAAUCAGAAUGGAAAGUUAAAUCUGGAAGGGACUUCAUAAAGUUUUGGAAAGAAACAGUUGAAGACCACGAAGUACGAGAGCUUAUUGGAGACAAAAGUCAAAAAUCUAAAGAAGCUGCUAGCGAUGAUCGAUGGGACUCUGUCUUGUUCCACCCUCCACAGAAGUUGGGCAUUAAUGAUCUGGAAGGGCAAAGGGUGCUACAGAUAGCUGUUAUUAUCCACAAUCUGUCCUUGGAAGAAGGAAAUGCCAAGCUGCUAGCUAACCGAACGUGCCUGCGGUUUCUGCUGUUAUGUGCUCACAAUAGACAUGUCUCACUUAAGCAAAUGGGACUGGAAACACUGGGGAAUGUGAUGGCAGAGCUGCAGUUGGAUCCCAUUGACUUCCAAAGUACCCAGGUGAUUUUUCACACCAUUACAAAAUGUCUUUUCUCUUCAGACAAGUGGUUUCGAAUUAGAGGAAUGGAAAUCUUGGCUAAUCUUUGCAAAAUUGAGGAGAAUGUUGAUAUUAUCUGUGAGUGUGUGGAACAGGAAGCCUAUCGAGAGAUUGUGAACCAUUUGUCUGUCCAAGAUAUCUUGCUGUUAUUGGCCAGUCUGGAAGCUCUGUAUAUGUUGUCGAGUCUGGGAGAGGUGACUUGCACCAAGAUUAUCAAAGUGGAGAGAAGCAUUGAUCAGCUUGUUUGCCUAGUUUCUGUGGACAUGCAGAACUUUCCUCCUGAUGCACUAGCAGCAGUCAAGUUAGUAGAACAGCAGAGCACUCUUCAGCAGCCAACACCUGAGACUACUCGAUCAGUCACAACAGAAAACGUUUCAAAUCUGAGCACCCCUGUAACAGCAUCGAGGCCUCUUGGAGUCCCUUCUGCCAGCCUGUUGGAAGCAGAUAGUGAGACAUUUACAUGCCAGUGGUUGAAUGCCAACUUUGAAGAAAGUGCAGAUAGUUCAAUCUACCGAGUAGACCUAUACUCUGAGUACCUUUCACUGUGCAGCAAACUUGGGAGCAGUGGCAUUCUAACAUCUACAGGAUUCACCAAAUGUCUCCGAUUGACUUUUCCUAACCACACAAUAAAGAAGAUUGAAGAUGCCGGUGCUAAUGGGCAAUCUCAAUUUCACGUGGUUGGGAUCAAGCGUAGAGCUGUACCUCUUCCUGUUGGAGCAUUUCAACAAGAACAGCAAACACCAAAUAAUUCCUUUGUCACAGUGAAAGCAAGCUCUGCUUCCAGUACAACAGUGAAUUCCAUUGCUGUUGGAAUGACGGCAUCUAGCCCAACUGUUCAAAUGCAUAGAACCCUCACAUCUACAAGUCAACCAGUCACGCAAAUCCUCUACACAACCCAGACCCAGAACAUUACCCAGCUGCCUCCUGGAAUAAGUACUCCCAUCCAGCAACAGCAAUACUGUACAAUUGCAAGCAAGGUGCCCACAGCCACUGGAGGGAUACAACCUAGUACUAUCCAAGCUACUGCUGUUCAUCCAAAUUUCCAUUCUACAGUAACAACAGUUGUUCCUGGGAAUACUGUAAUGCAAAUGGCAGCGACCAAAGUCACUACAGCAGUGCAGCUGCCCACGAUGACCACCUCUGUUCAUCUUCCUCAUGUUGCAGUUACUCACCAGUCCCUUGCUGGACAUCAGUCUGUCUGUUCAACUACGACAGUUCCUGUUCUCCGUCAAACACUGCCUAAUGCACAGUUUGCUUCACGAAUACACCCUAUUUCAAGUGCUGCCAUAGUUUCUCAAGGACAGCUCAUCCAACCUUCCACUGCCCAACCUGUGCAAGUACAUCUUCAGUAUACAGCAGCUCCCACUGCUGUUGUGUCUGCCACUGCUGUCCAGCUGCCAAGUAGUCAGCCUUUUACCAUAGCAGGCAGUCACAACUCUGUUUCUUCUCAGCCAUUUCAAAAUAUUAGUCCAACACCAUUAACUAUCGUCAGCAAUUCCACCCAACAGCAAGCCCAGCAAAGUGUCCAAGUGAUAGUUGGACAUCAAGGUCAAGUUUACCCUGCUAGUUUUCAUCAGAUUGUACUAACAAAUCAAGGUGGAAUUUCUUCAGCCCAGUUGCCACCACCCACCCUCGUGAACACCAGUACUUGUGGGCCAGUGCUUUCUGUUCAACAAUCUCCCAUUCAAGUUCAUGUUCAACAGCCUUCUGUAGGAAACACUCAGUGCAGUACUAGCGAAACCAGUGUAAUUAAACAGUUACUACUUCCUAAACCGCCACCUCAUUCCCAAGCAGGUAAGAUCCUACUUCCUGUCCCUCAAGUGUCAUCAUCUGUUACCAGGGCUCAAAGUCCACAGGUUGUUUAUCAAAUGAUGGCCAACACAGUGCCUAGUGUUGGUGUUCAAACUCAGUCUCAGCAGCUGGUUGUAAGCCAAUCAAACUUACAAAUUCUACAGCCGCAUGGAGGCCUACAAACUGUACAAAUUAUUCCUGGCCAAUUUAUUUCGACCACCAGCCCCAGCACCAUUCUCCAGGGAUCACCUCUGAACCAACAAGUUACUGUCACUGUUGUACCGAAUACCAAUUUAAGCAACACACAUGUGGCACAAGUAAAUACAAAUCCUGUGACCAGUAUUUCAGGAGAACACAGUGCAAAGACAGUCACCAGUACCCAUGUUAUCCAGUCAUCGCAUGUCCCACUCAACCAAAGCAACACAAAAGUUGAUGAGUUUGAGGGAGAGAAAAAUGUUUGUCAGAAAGCUGAAGAUGCUACAAAAAUGCUCAGUUCCCAACCUCAAGAACAAACUGUUGGACUGACUGAAAAUUCUUUCUUGGGUAAUGCUUACAGUGCAAGCAAUGGACAUCUAAAUGGAAAAGUUGACCAGACUGGGAUGCUACUUAAUGGGGACAGUAAGAAGGAGAACGCCAGCUCAGGGAUGAAUCAUUGUGGUUUCGUGGAGAAAACAUCAGCUGUCCAAGACUCAAAAGCUAGCAGUGGAGCAAACUUGACAAAUGGGGAUCAGAUUUUAGAGAAACCUGGUGCAGCAGAAAUGAAAAAUGUUUUAAAAAGGCCUUUGAUCAAUGGAGACUCUGAUUUUGCUAAGGGUGAUCGUUCACACAUAGGGAAAGAUGUUCCUAAUGAGAAAGCUGUCACAUCUUACCAUUUGGGGAAUGGCGAAAUUCUUAAUCAGGAGCACCAGGAUGCCAAGUGUCACCUGGAUGGUGAGAAUAGUCAACCGGGAAAAAUGUGCAAUGGACCUUCUUCAGUUUCCAAUGUGAAAUCACAUGCACACACUACAGUAAUAGUACCAAAUCCUACAGUUCAGCAAGCACACAGGAACUCUGUAUUAACAAGUGGAACUGCAGCAGUCACUUUUAAUGUAACUUUGCCUCAGUCUCAACAUAAUGGCAAUAUGGUUGUACAGUCCAACCCCAACCCUUUAGAAUCUUCGCAAGUGACCAUCUGUCAAAGCAACAGUACACUUUCUGCUCCAAAGCUUUGCCCCAGCGAAGCUCAGUCAUGUCGACAAGCCAUCAAGAGGCCUGGUGAUGACACAGCUGGUGUUUCCAUGGCGGGUAUCCCAAACAAAGUAGGGGUGAGGAUUAUGACCGUUAGCGACCCUACAAAAGCAGGCAGCAACACCAUGAUGGUAGCUGUCCCUGCUGGAGCAACCAUUAAUACAGCAACAAUAGCAGGAGUUCCUAAAGUGGGUUCUCCUGCUCCAUUGCCCAGUCAGCAGACAGUAACCCAACACCUGCAGUCACAGGUUUCCCCAAUAGCGGAGCAGUGUACAGGGCCCCAGAGCUCUCAGGUACCAGUGUCAACUGUAGAAACAGAAUCUACCAGGAAACCCAACCAGAGUUUCAUGUGUCUUUGGAAAAAUUGUAAGAGGUGGUUUGAAACACCUUCCCAGGUGUUUUACCAUGCAGCUACUGAGCAUGGUGGAAAAGAUGUGUACCAGGGUCAAUGUAUGUGGGAGGGCUGUGAGCCACUUCCUCGACAAAGGCUUUCAUUCAUCACACAUCUGCAGGACAAACACUGUUCAAGGGAGACACUGCUUAUUGGACUGAAGAGAUUGGAGCAGAAAGCACAAACGAGCACCUCUCAAACUGCAGUAAGGCAGUCUCCGUCAGAUGGUACAACUCCAACACCCAAAUCUCACAAGGCCUUGGUCAAUCACCCCAGCGCUGCGCUAAUGGCUCUGAGGAAAGGAUCCCGCAAUCUUAAUUUUAGGAAUUACUUGGAUGAGAAGGAAGGGCCGAUUGUGAAGCAUAUUCGUUUGACUUCAGCCUUAAUUUUGAAGAAUGUUGCUAGAUACUCAGAACUUGGGCGAAUGUUGCUGAAGCGACAUGAGAACCACCUUUCAGUACUGGCCAUCAGUGGUAUGGAGGCUUCCACUGCACUUGCUAAAUGCCUUUAUGAACUCAACUCGCAUGAACAAUCAGAGUCAACAGAAAAAAAAUGCUGAGGAAGAAUGUGAUAUGAUUAAAAUCCAGCGGCAGUUAACAAGGGUCAGGAGGAAAUGCAAUCAUUGUGCAGAAGAACUGGAACCUUACUGUCUACAUUUUAUACCUGUUUACUAUAACAUGAAAUUAGAAGGACUGAUGUUUUUUAAAUUAUUGGUUUUGCAGAAAUGUCCCUGUUAUGCCAGAGACAAACUUCCUGCAUCACCUUAGUCUCUCAUCUCGCUCUGACAGACAGAAGGUUUUGUGACACCAGGAGAAGUGAACAAUCAAAACGAGAACAUUAGCCUGGCCACCCAUACUCAUUGGCAUACUCUCACACACUCACUCUCUUAAACUGGCUCACACUCGCAUGCACACAACUCACUUACAUGCACAAAUCCUCUGUCUCACACACACGAGUCAUUGACACAGUCGCACACUAAAGAACCUGAAUAGAAAAACUACUGGCAAUGGUCUCCAGGCAUCUGUCAAGCUCUGCAGUCAGUCUAGGCACCUGCCUCAGGGAGGCUUCAACUCAAGUCACUAUUCUUCCUAUGAGAGAGAUCUCUGAUUUUACAGAAAAUGCCCAAGGAUAGAUAUAUAAUUUUUUUCCAUCUAUUUAUAAAAAGAAAAUUUCAUUUAUAUUUCAUUUCCCUGUGUAUUUAAAAAAAGUUGCAAUUUAAUUCCACAUCGGAAUAUCAAUUAAAACUGCUCAUUGAGUAGGUCUCUAUGCCCUGAAAUCCUGCAAAAGCCCAAUUGGCUGCGAGUUGAUCCUUGUUUUUAGAGCUAGAGUCCCUCGGCUUUCUGCUAGGGAAAAGUUUCCAGCAUUCAGAUAUCUGGAUACAGUUUUGCAGUUAACGUUUAUGGUUUUAAAACACUGCAAACUGCACAACACUUGAAGUUUUUCCCACUUGUCCCCUGUUUGAAGUGGUGCAUUUUCCAUUUAUUUAUUAUAUGUAAACUAUCAGAUUUGAUGUCCCCUUUUCGGAGUCAUGUAAAUAUUUGUGAAUAUCGAAAAUGCCUACAUACCAUUGCAGGAGAAUGAAGGGAAGAGAGAUGCAGCAAUUGCAAGCAGUGAAGUCUGGGUGAGCGCUAGGAUAGAACCCAAAUUAGCCACAGAGCAGAAACAUGGGUGUCUUUCCAGCUAUGGCUGUAAAGAUCCACAAUAUGGCAGCUUUGUCCAGUUGUACUACCAACUUUGUGCCACUAGAUGUUGCUAGCUUUGAAAGUGUGACACCACAGACAUUAACAAAGCUUAUCUGGUGGAGUUAAAGUGACAUUGCAACAAUUUCACCAUUACCGUCAACACUUGUUAAUUGGGACAUCAGGGUGAAAUUUAAAUCAUCAUAUUUAUAAAAAUAUUUUGCUUCAGAAGGGACAAUCAGUACAGAUCUAAAUGUGUGGAAUCAAUUGGUGCCUGAGAAAAUAUUCCAUGUGGAGAGAAAAUACUCCCAUUAACCCUUGUCCCCAUUAAUAGCAUGAAUUUCUUUUUGUCUUGGCACUUUUUUUGGUCAGCUUACAUUCAUUGCACCAAUGGCUAAUGUGAAGAGUAAGCGCCCACCUAGAAUCAAAGGAUCUAGUUUUUGUAUGUUACCUGCCAUAUGUAUGUAAAAGCAUAUACAUAAAACACUGCAUCAAGCAGCGUGGAACUGUGUACAUAACUUCACAAAGGUACUGAUGCUGUAUAAUAAGAUUGGCACAGUUUUGUGCAGCUGUGGUUUUUGUAUUAUACACCAUGUAAAGCUUUUGCUUGUUAUGAAAUAAUAUAUCGCAUCAUUUUUCUAUAAAAGGUAAAAAUUCCAAGACAAUUUAAAAAAAAAACUGUUACAGCAUUUUUCCUGAGAUUAGGGCCCAUUUUAGACAACCUUUAGUCGCAGCACAACCUUCAGAACUUGUAUAGGAAUUUUUUUUUAAUUUGUAAAUGUAUUUAAAUACAUGACGUUUUAUACAGCUUUAUUUUCACCUGUGUUAUAUUUGUAAUUCGUGUAGGUGUGAUAUUUCCCUUGUUAUUCCUUUGUUCCGUUUUUCUACCCGUGACAUAUUAAAGUGUUUUUUAGUGUACAGUAUAGUGCCUCCGCUUUUGGUACAACGUGACUUUCUUGCCUAUGGUCAGUUUGUGUUCCCUUGGUUUCUUUGUGUGCCUCGCCACUGAUGAUCCCUGGUAUGGUUGACUAAUGGGGAGUUAUAUUGUAAUUAGAAGUAAUGCACACUAACCAUAAGAUUUCACUGUGCCCUCCUAAAAGUUCAUCAAAGUAAAGCAGUAAUAAAACUUUACUCAUUGACCAGUAGGAAACCCAGUUUGAUUAAGCCUGUACUAAGCUAAUUGAUCCCAACCUAGUCAAUAAUAUUUGCAAUUGAUCUUCAAGCUCCUGAUAAGGAGGAAAGUUAGUUGGGUUUCAUACUCUUCCUACUAGCUAUUCAUCAAUACCUACUAGAAAGGCAUGUGGCUGAAUGUCUUCUAAGGAUGGGAUCAUGUUCAGCUUCCUCACAAAAUCUGAUAGAAUGCCAUAGCUCACUGUGUGGCCUAGGCAUGAAUGCCAGCUGAAAAGGGUACCUGAGGGUGACCAUCCAUAGAACUGAAUAGAAGCAAUGACAAAAAAGCUAUUAAGAAUGGUUUUGGGGGAUGAACUAUCGUGGGGAAAGUGGGAGCAUUUCUUCAAUGCAGGACAAUCUCCUAAUCAUUAAUCUCCCAGUAUAAACGUCACUGUGCAGAGCACACUGCAGAAACCAAAAUAGACCGAAUACUGAGUAAAAGCAACUUUGUUUUGAAGCUUUGUCGUGAUUGGAAAGUAUAGUCUUGAGGUUUGACUGACUUUCACAAGCUGCAUGAGAUUUACUCUUGCAGUUUAUGAGCACCAUCUGAAACCAUUGAUUAGAUUGCCAUGUUGUAAUCAGUCCCAGAUGUCCAUUAUUCUUUGUGUAAGUGCAAGACAUAUAAAAUAAUUUAGUAUCUUCUAGUACAUUCACCAAACUGCAAUGCAAAAAAAAGUUUUUUUUAAAGAAGAAUGUAUUUUAAGAUGUAUGUGCAGUACUGUUUUUGUGCACUGUAUGACCCAAGUUCUGUUUUACAGUAAAAUUACCAAUACAAAA